AUGAGCACCAUGAGCCUUGCACGCCGCCGCAUCGACAUCCAGAGCCUGACCAACCCAGCACCUCCCGAUGAUGACUGGCGCCGCAACUUGCCUACCGAAUCCGGACUCCGUGCGAGCCUCACUGCCACUUCCCCGCCGCACAACAAGAUUGUCUGGGACACUCCCCCCCUAGCGAUGCGCAAAGUGGACGAAGACUACGAGGCAGAGGCCGACGAGGGCCAAGUCAAGAUUGUUCCUGGCGAAGAGGUCGACGAACACCAGUCUGAAGGCGAUGAGAGCUCCCGCUCAGCAUCUGCCAGUGCCAGCUGCACCCGCUCCCCAUCCUCAUCUCCAAGGAUGUCGGCGCCUACCGGUCGUUGGGCCUGGCCCCGUAUUCCCAACCCCCACCCCUCGCUGCUCAGCGCGGCCCAGGCGAUCCCUGGUGAGAUCGGCCCUGUGCGUGGUCGUCGAGACCGUGACAGCUCUGCACGCUCGGCCGUUGCCUUGCCUCCACAGAGAACCCGUACAGCAGCCCCCGUCCCGGUCGAAGGUCUCACCAAAAAAUCGCGUGGCAGAAGGGUCCCCACUGCGGCCAGCACCGUCCCAGACGGAGAUGUCGUCUUUCAGGCGGGCAAAGACGGCGAGAAAAUGACAAGAAUGUUUGCAUGCACCGUUGAGUCUAUUCACCACUUAAGUUUGAUCUCUCCGGAGCUGAUUCGCAUUUCGCUUCAAUUUAGGUUGAUGGUUGUGGAAAGUGUUUUCAUCGUGGGGAGCAUCUUAAGCGCCAUAUCAGGAGCAUCCAUACCAAUGAACGACGUUCUUACCACACGACUUUCUCCAGCCCACUCGUGUCCAGAGCCCGAUUGCCUCAAGACCUUUAGCAGACAUGACAACCUCAUUCAGCAUAUGAAAACCCAUGGUCGAAUAUUACCCGUUUUGCUACCGGGAGAAUCUAGUUCGCGAGAAUCCCUCCAACAAGCAACCGCGUAUCGCUACUACCGUCCUCAGAGCGACGUGGAGCCUGAGAGCGAGGAUGACAUCGGCGCCAAGUCUGAAGAGGCCGAGACUAUGGAUGUUGAUCAGGACUCUAAUUCUGCUAAAGAGAGUGCUGCAGCCCCUCAGUUGCCGCUCGUCUUCCAGUCUGGGGUGAUUGCCGGUCCUGGCGCGGUUUCCCCGCUUCAACCUGGGCGAUCACGUCACACCAGCGAGCGGAGCGUAGGGUCCCCACAGGGAGAGUUGCAGUGUCCGCACGAUUGCGGAAAAACUUUUAGAAGGGGCGAACAUUUGAGGAGGCACAUCAAGGGAAUUCAUCUCGCCGAACGACCGCACGCGUGUCCACAUCCUGGUUGCGGCAAGACAUUCAGUCGGCACGACAACUUGAUGCAACACGCCAAACGUCAUGCGCGGCCCGUUGACAGCCGUAAGCGCAAACGCGUGCAAAGCGCCCAGCCGGCAGAAGCCAUCGAUGAGCUGGAGCCCGACGCUGAGGCCGAACCCGAGCACGAUUUUGAGAGCGAGGACGAAUGCUGA